GUGCUCAAGUUCCCCGAGGCGGCAGGUCGGUGGGGAGACGACCCCGUUCUACACCUGCCAGAGCCUAGGGGUCCCAAGCUCAGCGAGUGGCGACUCAGGAGCCAGCGGAGCCAGUUGAACCUGUCUGCCGGCGAUGGGGCUCGCGUUCGCCCCCUCGGACCCGCGACUGGCAGCCACGCCGCAAGUCCCUGCGAGUGUGUGACUUUGAGACAGUUCCCCGCCACGUGAAGAGUGCCCACACGCACAGGUCCCGGCAUCGCGCGCUGUGGGAGCGGAGCACGAUGUUCCCGGUCCCGCACCGCCGGGGCGCACUCCCUGGCGGCCCGCGCCGCCCAGCGCCGCGUGACCGCCGGAUCCUCCCGAGACCCCUCAGCACAUCGGCCACACCUACUUCUUGCCCCGCCCGGCGGGGACCGGCGGGGACCGCCGUGGCCUUGCGGGUGGGUGGGCGGCCAGGCGCCAGCCGCGUCGCCCGCACCCCGCCCAGCCUUCACCUUGCCAGAAUUGGCUCACCGACACAGGACUGGGGCUCUGAGGCAGAUUUGUUUUUUUAAACAUUUUCCAGCAGACCACAUCCCCGCCCCCCGCUCGCGGCCCCCGCCCCCCGCACAUAUACCCUGCACACACGCGCGCACACACACACCCGGCGCACACAGCACACACGCUCCCUCCCUCCGGCGCUCUGCCCCUCGCUCGCCCGCCCGCCGCGCACGCAGCCGGCCCCGGCUCCCGAGCCCGGCGCCCCGCGCCCUGCAGCCGCCGAGCGAAGCCGGGCUGGGCUGGGAGCUGCUCAUGGAGAAAGUGCCCGGCGAGAUGGAGAUUGAGCGCAGGGAGCGCAGCGAGGAGCUGUCCGAGGCGGAAAGGAAGGCGGUGCAGGCUACGUGGGCCCGGGUGUAUGCCAACUGUGAGGACGUGGGGGUGGCCAUCCUGGUGAGGUUCUUCGUGAACUUCCCCUCGGCCAAGCAGUACUUCAGCCAGUUCAAACACAUGGAGGAGCCCCUGGAAAUGGAGCGGAGCCCGCAGCUGCGGAAGCACGCCUGCAGGGUCAUGGGGGCCCUCAACACUGUGGUGGAGAACCUGCACGACCCUGACAAGGUGUCCUCGGUGCUGGCCCUUGUGGGCAAAGCCCACGCCCUCAAGCACAAGGUGGAGCCCGUGUACUUCAAGCCCACCCACCACGCUGCCCUCCUCGGGGCCGUAGGACCCCUCCCAGCUCCCCCUCCCUGGCAGCACCUUGAGCAGAAGGCCGAGUUCUGAAGACCCUCCUUGACCCUCCAUUUCUGGGUGCCAAGGAAGCUGGAGGAACCCCGACUGUCUUCCCGAAGGAGGCCUCCACCGUGGCCGCAGUCCCCCGAGCUGCCAGGAGGCAGCGCUGGCUGCCUGGAUGCUGACCCCGGCGCAGCGGCAGCGGCGGGCGGGACCCCUCCACCUUGCAGAUGGGGCCCACUCUUCCUAGCUUUUCUACUCACCGUUAGAGGGACCUAGCGGAGCAGCUGGCGGGAAGCGGGACAGGUGUGAGUCCCCGAGAAUGAAGCAGCCCUGUUUGGUUCUGCCAACCAGCAUGCAGGUCUCCACCUCACCAUCUAAAGCAUCGCGCACACGUCCACCGUAUACACAGAUAUAUUCUAUAUACAGUCUAUAUAAAUAUCUAUAUACACACCCACAUAUCUAUCAUGUGUACCCGCGGGCCCAGAACCUCGGUUCUGCCCGCAGUGUGUGGGACCAGCAGGGUUCUGGUGGCACAGGGCCCUGGGCAGACAGCAGAGUGUCCUGGCACAAGUGUCCCACAGCAGCUCAGAGGAUGGGGCCUGGAUGGGCAGGGCUGGGGUGACCUGGCUUGGUGGCAAAGCCCCGCCCACUCUCUGACCAGCUCCCCAGAUUCCUGCUUCCCACUUCCAGGCAAAAAGGAGCUGGUUCCCUCCCUCUCCUCCACAGAGGAUCGGGUUCACCCAUGUGCCCUAGAAUGGACUAGGGCAAGGGCAGACCAGGGCCCCAGACAGGAUGACGGCCAGGGGAGGGCCUCGGUGAAAAACCUGGCGUGCCAGCCCCAUCUGCUGGCCACUGAGGCAGCCCUGGGCAUCCAGGCUGCUGGGCAGCAGGACGGGCACCUCAGUCUACCCCUUGGGCUCUGCGGGCUGAGGACCCUCCCCGUCCCCACCCCGCUCAUGGCUGCCAGUCAGUCCCAUCCCCCAUCCGCGCGUCAGCCUGGCUGGGGCCCCCCAUGUGUGCCCCUUAGUCUCGUAUAUCGUCCUGAAGAUGUUUUGCUGCCGUGGCUACUGUGCCUGCGUCCCCUCCUGCCCCCUCCUCGUGCGGUCAUCCUGUAACUGCCUGUCCUCCUUUUGUAGUUUCUGAUGUUUGUAACCAGACCCAGCUGUGACAUUAAACGGACCCAUUCUUCCUGUG